UGUGACUAUAAUUAUAGUUUAAAACAUUACAAAAUUGAAAAUUACAGCUCGUGUCUUUGUGUAGUAAUGCUUAUGGCUCGUUUGCCAAGUUUGGAUAUUAAAAUUUAAUAAUAAUGCCGGUUACACCUAUUAUUAAUUCUCUGUAAAAAUAAAAUAUUUUUAAAAUCAAUUGGUGUAAUCUAUUGUCAAACUCGAACGACAAAUUGUGUUAUUUAUAAUUAACGCUGUAUUUAGCAGAUUAUGCAACCUUGGUUUUUUUUAUCAGACCGUAAAAAGGAAAAAAUUCAACUUCCAAGAAAAAUGUCUUUAAAAAAUCUUCCUGAAAAACCAGAAAUCUUAUCACAGGACUGGACAUUCAGUGUAUAUGUCCCAAAUGUUGGGCCCAAGGAGAAGGUUGUCAUAACGGGAAGUACCGCAGAGCUUGGAGAAUGGAAUUACAAGAAAUGCGUUAUCCUAGAUUAUAUGGAAGAGAAAGGAAUUUGGACAAGAAAUCUAGUCAUUCCAAAUACCUGUGAUGUCUUUUAUCGCUAUGCAAUAUGUCUCAUAAAUGAAGAAAAUAAUGAUAUAAUUGUGCGCAAAUGGGAAACUCAUAUCCACCCAAGAGUUAUAAAAGAAAAUAUUCUUGAACCUGGUACAGACAUAUUUGGUGAAUAUGAUGGCAAACAGAAAAUCUGUAGAGGAUGGCUCACGUCACAAACUUUAGUACAGUUUAAAUUUAUGAACAGUCCUUUGAAAUUGAAGAGUCGACUUGGUGGUAGGCUCAUGAACAUAAAAGUAACACCUGUGCAGCUAUCUUUUGGAACUGAACCUCAUGUCGAAGAUUCCUCUUUGAGUACAGAUACAAUGGAUGUUGAAGUUCCGAUGGGUGUAUAUGUUGAAGUGGCAACUCUUGAUGAUGACCCUGCUAUUUGCCAUCUGCAGCCUCAGGAACAAUUUGGUAGAGAGUAUAAACAGGAUGGAGUCCUCUUGGUCAAUGUCUUUGCCCCUAACCCAAAGGGCCUUGCAUAUUUAAUAGACUUCUACUCCUAUAGUACCCAAGCUUCUAUAGAAGACCCUCCAUGCCAUAUUGGGUAUACCUAUGUCCUUCCAAAUAUGUUUAAGCCUUCUGAAGGUAAUUUAGAAUUACCUGUUACAUGUAAUGUAAAACACAGACCGCUAGGCACAGUUAACUUUGAAUAUCUUAUAGUUUGCCCUAUGGAAGAUAGCCUUUGUAAGUUAGAUGUCUCCUAUACAAAGCAUUGGGAUCCAACUUGGACAGGAUUAGAAGUUGGCCAUAGAGGACUAGGUGCUAGUUUUAAAACCAAAGAGGGAAAUGCCAUUCGUGAAAACACAAUAGCUUCCCUUAAAAAAGCAGCUGCCAGUGGGGCAGACAUGCUGGAAUUUGAUGUGCAGCUCAGUAAAGACAUGAUACCCGUCAUAUAUCAUGAUUUUCAUGUGUGUAUUUCAAUGAAAAGAAAAAAGGAGGUUGACUUCACUGAGAUGCUUGAAUUGCCAGUCAAAGACUUGACCUUGGAGCAUCUCCAGAAACUGAAGGUUUACCAUCUUGUUGAAGGGCGAAACCAUGAAAUUUUGUUCUUUGAUGAAGACCUAGAGGAACACCAACCCUUUCCAACUUUAGAAGAAGCAUUAAAAGCUCUAGACGAACAUGUUGGCUUCAAUAUUGAACUAAAGUGGACCAUGGAGAUGGAAGAUGGCACCUUUGAACUUAACAAUCCGUUUGAUAUGAACACUUAUGUUGAUAAGGUUUUAGAAGUGGUUUUGAAAAAUGCUGGACAGCGUCGGAUAGUACUUUCUUGUUUCAAUCCAGAUAUUUGCACCAUGGUCCGAAACAAACAAAACAAGUAUCCGGUUAUGUUUUUAACUGUGGGCGUCACGGAGAAGUAUCAGCCAUACCGUGACCCUCGGUGUCUAUCAAUCCCGGCUGCCGUACAAAAUGCAAUCAGCUCCGACAUUUUAGGCAUUGUUGCACAUACCGAGGACUUACUCAGGGAUCCUACACAGGUCAAAUUGGCAAAAGACGCUGGUCUAGUCCUAUUCUGUUGGGGAGAUGACAACAAUGAUAAGAACACAAUAAUGAAGCUCAAGGAGAUGGGUCUGCAUGCUGUGAUAUACGACAAACUCGAUCAAUACAUAACCAAAGAAGUUAAGGAAAGCAUAUUCCUGAUGGAGGCGCGCGAGUCCCAGCGGGACAUUAUGCGUAUGGCCGCGCUGGACGCUUUGCCUCUUAGCGACGCCUCGUCGUCGACUCACACCAUGGGCGACUCAGCCACGCGCCCCUUCCUCGACCUCUCAGUACGCCACAAGGUGGGUGUGCCUUCCACUGUCACCUCGCUGGAGUCACUCGCCUCAACCAUCGAAAUACGGGACGAGCCCGUUGACAAAAAAUUGAAACGAAACAGAGAUCUCAUUAUGAGCAUAGACAAAGAAUCCCAAGUGAAGGAGCAGCGGGGCACGUUCAAGGGUCUAUUCCCGGCGGGCGAUGCAUCCAAAGGCUCUCCGAAAAAAUCGCGUGUUAACGAUUUGUAGCCCACGAAUUUAUUAGACGCUUACGCAUUAGAAAUAAUUAGAUCUCUUAUAUCUCUUGCUCAAUUUCAUACUUCGCAAGCUACUUUUAAAACUUUAGGGUAGGCAAUUUAAUGCUAGUAGGAUUAAAUGCACACCACUGGUUCAGUAAUCGCUUUUUGUCCUUUUUAGUAUUAUACUUUUUAUUAUUACAAUUAAAUAAAGGUUGUCAUAAAAUAUUGUAAUGUAACCUAAUAAUAACCCUAAUAGGUAUUUUUCCUCAUCAAAAUAUUAUUUGUAGCAAUGUGGUUUAAGUAUAGAAAAAUUUGCAGAAUUUCAUUCAUAGACUACUUUAAACUUUGUAUUGUAAUAGUAUUUAUCAUAGUUUUUAGCAUGUAUAUUUGCAAAAGACAGAGGCUUUAAACACAAAAAAAUAUUGAUAACAUAUUUUUUAUAAAUUUACAAUGUACAUCUCCAACGGGUAACUAUAAUUAUUUUAUAUCCACACUUUAAAUUUUUAACCACGUUUUAUAACUAUAUAGAACAACUUUACGAUAAAGAAAAGCCAUAAACUAACAGUAACGUAAUUAUUAAACAUUGACAUUUGUAUUAACUUAUAACUGUGAUAUUGAAUAUUUUUUUUACAAUGC